AGCUCAAAACACUUGCUGAUACCAUGGUGAAACCCGCUCCCACGGCUGCUGCUCAAGUUCGUCUUGUAACUCCUAACAAACCAACACCGUCUGAGGCUGAAAGGAUGGCUGAAAAAAUUUAUGCUUCUGCAGAAAAGAAAGAAAGACGCAAGCGAUUGGAAGUCUUUGUCAAGACUGUUUCAACAGCCACUAUUGCAUGCCUGGUCAUGAAACCCAUUGAUCAGUACAAUGGCCAGCCCUGGUAUUUCAAAGUGGAACAUAUCGCACCAUGCCUCAAGCUUUGGACCAACUCCUACCCGGAUGAGAGCAUCACGAUUAAUGAGGCAUUCAAAAAGCUUGCUAUUUGCCACACUGUGGACGUGAAUGAUCCUUCCCGCAAUAAGCAAUCUAUUGAAUUAUGA